AUGAAGCACCUAGGCAUGCAGACUGCUUCUACAAACAUUUGUAAAAGAAAGAGUCACUCUCUGGAGCUCAGUGAAUUCAAGUGUGGUACCGUGAUAGGUUGCCACCUGUGCAAUAAGACCAUCCGUGAAAUUUUCUUGCUACUAAAUAUUCCACAGUCAGCUAUUAGUGGUAUUGGAACAAAGUGGAAGCAACUGGGAACAACAGUAGCUCAGCCAUGAAGUGGUAGGCCAUGUAAAAUAACAAAGCAGGGUCAGCACAUGCUGAAGAGCACAGAAGUUGCCAACUGUCAGCAGAGUCAAUAGCUAAGUAGCUCCAAACUUCAUGUGGCCUUCAGAUUAGCACGACAACAUGCGGAGAGAGUUUCAUGGAAUGGGUUUCCAUAGUCAAGCAGCUGCAUCCAAGUCUUACAUCACCUGUCACAAUGCAGGCGUGUUCUCUGGAGUGAUGAAUCACGCUUGCCAGGAGAAUGGUACUUGCCUGACUGCAUUGUGCCAAGUGUAAAGUUU